CCUCGGCGGCUGCCGUCUCCCUCAAUCCUGGGUCGAGGGACCUGGACGGGAGGGCGGCGGGCCAAUGCGCCUGCGCAGGUUGCUCCAGGCCGGCGGUGCUGUCCAGCCUCGCACCCGGGAAGUUGCCCGCUUGACGGAGCGGGCCAGGGGCGAUGACAGCCUGCGGCCGGUAGUGGCAGCUUCAGGAGACCCGGGGAAGCGUCCUGCAGGCUCGCGUCACUCGGGCGCCGGCGCCCGCCUGUGGUUAAGACAGGCCCGGGUCUGUGUGUGCCAUCGCGGUGGGAAAGGAUUCUUGGGGCGGAGCGAAAAAGCCAGAAAGACCUGGCAGGCUGUAGUGUGCUAGAAGUCGGCCAAAACUGUUAUGGUUUCCUGUAUUGAGUUAUCCCAGGCUGCAGGUACAGGCAACUUAAGUCCUCAAGGUCACACAAUUAGUCAUGGAAGAACUAGGAAUUGGAUGCUUGCCUUUCUGGAUCCUCUAAGCAGGUUUGUCAACAUAAAACGAAGCUCCCCAAAGGUAAACGAGUUUUACUUAACUCUGGCUUCAAGAUGGAUAUCCUCUAUGACUCCUGACUUGAGCUUCUCAUCCUACCCAAGAAAUAUUGGUUUCUACCCCAGGCAUGGACCUAUUUGCUCAUAUAAUAGGGUGAGCUAAGGAAGAGAUGUGAAAAAGCCAAGCAGCAAGCUUGCACCCUACACUCAUGUCUGUUAUAGGAAGAGAUGGACUCUUUUUUUAUUUGCCUUUUAUAUGUACAUACUUGUUGUGUGUUUGGGUUACUUUCCUUGGGCAAGUUCCUUAGGAAGCACUGGCCUAGGAGAGGGUGAGCACCCAGAAGCAUGGGCUGAGAGAUGCCAGCCUCCCAAGACCUCAGCCAGAGUUGUUGCAGCCAGUGCUGAACUCGGGGUGACCUCCCUACAGGGAUCACAAUAAUGAAUGAGCCCAGCUGUAGCCUGCUUUUUGAACAGCCAGACAUGUGCUCUUGAAAGAAGAAACCCAGGAAUCUGAAGAGCAGUUUUCAAGGCCACAGCCUUUCCCCUUUGCUGCUUUCCAGGCUUUAAAACUACAAAUUAUUGACUGGGAAAGGCAGACAUCAUGUUCACAGCACCUGGUCUGGCUACGACCCAGGAAAGACCUUAUUCCUGCAGUGUGUGUGGCAAGAGCUUUCAGUAUAGUGCAGUGCUGCUGAGGCACGAACGGGCCCAUGGUGGCGACAAGCGUUUCCGCUGUCUAGAGUGUGGUGAACGCUGUGCUCGAGCAGCAGACCUACGCGCACACAGGUGGACCCAUGCUGGCCAGACCCUCUAUAUCUGCAGCGAGUGUGGCCAGAGUUUCAGUCACAGCGGCCUGCUGGAUCUACACCUGGGAACGCACCGAAGGCGCAGCCGCUCUUGUCCUUGCCGCCUCUGUGGCCGUCGCUUCCCUCAUGUCCCUGCGCUGCUGCUGCAUCGUGCUCACCAGCACCCACCUGAGAAGCCCCACCGCUGCCCUCUGUGUGCCCGCUCUUUUCGGCAGAGUGCUCUUCCUUUCCACCUGGCACGAGCACACCCCCCUGAGAUCAUCACUGUCACCGCCCCUUCCCCCAGCACGCUCUACCACUGUACACAGUGCCCACGGGCCUUCCAUAGCAGUGCUGGGCUGCGGAACCAUUCCCGCAUCCAUGUGGUCCCCAGCCUCAGUGACCCUGGCACUGAGGCCCAUCUAUGUGGCAUAUGUGGUAAGAGCUUCAGCAAGAGUUCCACACUCACGCGACACCUCCAGAGGCACUCUGGGGAAAAGCCUUUCAAGUGCCCUGAGUGUGGCAAGGGCUUCUUGGAGAGUGCCACACUUGUGCGGCACCAGCGAACACACACUGGGGAGAAGCCAUAUGCAUGUAGCGACUGUGGACGCUGUUUCAGCGAGAGCUCCACACUGCUGCGUCACCAGCGCAGCCAUCAGGGUGAAAGGCCACACGUGUGUGUCACUUGUGGCAAGGGCUUUGGGCAGCGGUAUGAUCUAGUAGUGCACCAGCGUAGCCACACAGGGGAGAGGCCCUUCCCAUGCCCGGAGUGUGGCCGGGGCUUCACAGACCGCUCUGACCUCACCAAACAUCUGCGCACACACACAGGGGAAAAGCCCUACCACUGUGAGUUGUGUGGCAAGCGAUUCACCUGCAUUUCCAACCUCAAUGUACAUUUGCGCAACCAUGCAGGCCAUAAACCACACAAGUGCCCAGAGUGCGGCAAGUCCUUUAGUGUUGCCUCCAAGCUUGCACUGCAUAGAAAGACACACCUAGGUGAGCGGACAGCGGAAUGCACAGAGUGUGGCAAAUUCUUUAGCCAUGGCCGGUCGCUAUCACAGCACCAGCGGUCCCACAGAAGGGCUCGAGCAGCUGCAAUGGCAGCCACUACCACCACCACUGUAGUCACUGAAGUGACAAUAGGUCCUUCUCUCACUCUCACAGGGCCAACAGAACAGGAGAAAUCAGGGCUCUUAGUAUCACCAUUUCAGGAAACUUGCUAAAGAGGGCUCCAGGAGAUAGCUGGGUGAACAGACUUUCAGUCCUAAGGAAAAGCUCAGAUGGUUUGGGAAGCCAAACCUGCUGUUGUUACAUUGUUGCUAGCCGUUCACCUAGCUUGCCUUGUCUCUAAAUGGAAAUCCCCAUCAGUUCUUCUAUCAUCCAUCCUUGUAUUCCCCAACUCUGAGUACUAAGAGUCAGGGAACCGAUGUCACAGCCCUAUGCAAGACAAACCAGGUGCUUGUGCUCCAUUGCUGCCACUCUGCUCUGUUACGUGGGCUGAGCUCUACCUUUGCUGCCUGUUAAUCUCUACUGCUUUCUCUUGCUUGAGACAUAGUUGAAGAGGUAACCUACAGGCAGUAUAGGAGAGUGGAAUAGCUCCCUUCAUUAAAGGACCAAGAUCUGUGACAAGUUUCUCCCUUGCAGGGGUAACCAGAAUACAUGUAAGUAGGCAGUCUUCAGCCUGGCCAUCCAUAUGUCCUUUGACAAGAUGAUCUUAGGGCCCAACAAGAUGGUUAGACAGGUAAAGGUACCUGCAGACAACCUAAUUUGAUCCUUCGAAUCCACAUAUGUACUAUGGUACAUGUGCACACAAGUGUAAAACUUUUUUCAGUAAAUGGCUCUUAGGACAGCUUUCUCCAAUCAGUUAGGAAACAGUUGUUUUGCGAUGCAGAAGAGUGUUUGGGUCCAUAAAGCCCAGUACUGUGUGAAACAAAAGAUUUCCAGGUGAAACUUCAAGGCCCAAGAAAACAAGUUACCUGAAGUACUGGGCAAGAGCAGGCUGUAAAGCCUGGAAUUGUUCAAUGACUGCUUAUAGCUGGUGAUAUUGUUACUUGCUUGGGUUUGUGACACCAAGAACCCCUUUGUCAAAAUGAGUUCCAAGUUCUCUUCCUUUUAGGUGGUGGUUUCUUCAUUGCUGUGACAAAAUGCCUAAGAAAAUCAACUUAAAGGUUUAUUUUGGCUCGUG